AUGGAAACACAUGAAGAAGCAGAGCUCUGUUUUCCAGAACUCCUCAAUACCUCCUGCCUGAAGCCAGUGGUUUCUCAGACUGAAGUCCUGGUCUAUCACAUCCUGCUGUUCACCUUGUCUCCAAUCACUGUGGCUCUCAACCUGAUGGUCAUCAUUUCAGUCUCCCAUUUCAGACAGCUCCACACACCCACCAACCUCCUCCUCCUCUCUCUGGCUGUGUCUGACCUCUUUGUAGGCCUCGUGAUGAUGCCGGCAGAAAUCCUCCUAAAAAUGACCUGUUGGUUUCUUGGUGACUCCAUGUGUUCUUUGUAUACAUUUUUUGCUUGGUGGUCUGUUUCUGCAUCAGUAGGAGACAUGGUGCUCAUCUCAGUCGACCGCUAUGUUGCUAUCUGUGACCCUCUGCAUUACACUCAUAAGGUCACAAUGAAAAGAGUUAAAGUUUGCAUUUUUCUGUGUUGGUUUUGUUCUGGUUGUUUUUGUUUUGGUAUUUUAAAUGAUAACCUGACUCAUCCAGGCAAGUAUCAUAUUUGUCAGGGGGAGUGUAUGAUUUCCAUAAGUCAUGUCGCUGAUGCUAUUGACAUUGUUGCAACAUUUAUUCUUCCAAUUUCUGCCAUUAUUGCUCUGUACAUGAGUGUGUUUGUGGUGGCUGUGUCUCAGGCUCGUGCCAUGCGUUCUCACAUCACAUCCAUCACAGCCCAGCGUUCAGGGAAGGCAGUCGCCAACAAAUCUGAGCUGAAAGCAGCCCGGAGUCUUGGUGUUCUUGUUAUUGUCUUCUUAAUAUGUUUCUGCCCUUAUUAUUGUCUUUUUCUUGCAGCAGAUGCCUCAGUUACUGCUUCAGCUGCCUUUUAUGUGAACAUUCUUAUGUAUAUAAACCCCUGUUUAAACCCUUUGAUCUAUUCCUUAUUCUAUCCGUGGUUCAGAAAAUCUGUAAAACAAAUUGUCACCAUGCAGAUACUGCAGCCUGACUCCCGAAAUAUCAGCAUUCUGUAG